CCUCAUUUCCAAUCAGUUAAAGCUGUAAAAGAUUUAGGGAGAUUUAUUGGGUUUCUUUGCUUAGUCAAUGGAGACUUGUAUUGCGUAGUCACAGUCUCACAGUCAGUCUUCUUUGUCUCCUCCCUUCACUGCUUCUGUCUGGAAAUCAGUUGCUGGUUUUCAAUGGCCUUCUCCUCUUCAUCAUCGUCAACUCGCAGCUGGAAGUAUGAUGUCUUUUUGAGUUUCAGGGGUCCUGACACUCGCAAAGGGAUUGCAAACGAGAUCUGCAAUCGACUUCGUAGAAGUGGCAUUAAAACGUUCAUGGAUGAGCAUGGACUUCAAGUAGGGGAUGUUAUUUCUCCCACACUCAUCCAGGCAAUUAAAGAGUCAAGGUUUGCAAUCGUAAUUCUCUCAAAAAAUUACGCUUCUUCUGCUUGGUGUUUGGAGGAACUUCGAGAGAUUUGUCAAUCCAUGGAAGACAACAGAAUUUUGCCACUUUUUUUUGAAGUUGAACCUACUGAUGUUCGAUAUCAGAAGAGGAGUUUCGAAGAAGCUUUCUCUAAGCACGAUACCUCUGGGCGACAUGAAUCAGAGAAGGUGGAGCAAUGGAGAGCUGCUCUAGAAAAAGUGGCCAAUAUCUCAGGGUGGAAUACAAAUGAUUUCAAGACUCACGAAGAACUUGUUGACAACAUUGUGGAAUCUCUCCGCAGUAAAGUUACACCUGAUGCAAUUGAAUUCACAGAUGAUUUCCAAGCAUUUGGAGCAACAAAAGAAGCGACAGACAAGGUUAUGAAGGCGCUAACAGAUUACAAGAUUACUGCCGUUGGUGUCCACGGCAUGGGCGGCGUUGGGAAGACAAGCAUGGUGAGACAUGUAGCUGCACAAGCCUGCAGAAAUGGUACUUUUAACCAUUGGAUUAUGGCUGUUGUAUCCCAAAACCUUGACUUGAAAAAAAUUCAAGGUACAUUGGCAGAUUUGUUGGGCUUUAAAUUCGUGGAGGAGACAGAAGCUGGAAGAGCCGUUAGGUUGCAUAAGGAGAUCAUGAGAAAAGAAAAACUCCUGAUAAUUGUGGACGAUGUCUGGGAGAGAACAGAGUUGUCAAAGAUAGGGAUUCCCCCCUACAAUGAGCUUCAAAAGUGUAAGUCCAAAGUGCUGCUCACCACGAGGAGAUUGAAUGUCUGUAAUGACAUGAAGUGCCAUGAAAAGAUUGCCCUCAAGCUUCUCUCGAAAAAAGAUUCUUGGAACUUGUUUCUGAGAAAUGCAGGAACAAUUUCUUUUGAGUCCACCUCGUUUGAGGAAGUGGCAAGGAAGGUAGCUGGAGAGUGUAAGGGUCUACCGAUUGCAUUGGUAGCUGUUGCAAGAGCACUCGGAGAUGAGGACCAGGAGGAAUGGAAGAAGGCAGCUGAACGACUAGAGCAGUCGCAAUAUGUCAAUCCUAACCAUGAGGAAUGUGAGGAAAAUGCUUUCAGAUAUAUACGAUUAAGCUAUGAUUACUUGAAAAAUGAAGACCUCAAGUCAUGCUUCUUGCUCUGUUGCCUGUUCCCAGAAGACCAUGACAUCAAAAUAGAAGACUUGUUCCGGUACGUGAUCGGAAAAAGAUUGUUUCGAGAUGCCAAAACAAUGGAAGUAGCCAGAGGAAGAUUAGUUACAGUGGUCAAGUACCUGAAAAAUUCUAGCUUGCUUUUGGAUAGCCAGAAAAAAGGAUGUGUAAAGAUGCAUGAUGUCAUCCGGGAUACAGCCAUUCAAAUUGCCAAAUCUGAAGAUUGUCAUCGGUUUUUGGUAGAAGCUGGUCGUGGUUUAAAGGAUUGGGCGCCACGCGGAUUACAUGAAGGCUGCACUGCAAUUUCACUGAUGAACAACAAAAUUCGCAAGCUACCUGAAGAAGAGUUGGUAUGUCCAAAUCUCCAGAUUUUUUUACUAAACGGGAAUGCUGAACUAAGGAAGAUCCCUGAAAAGUUUAUCCAGAAUCUGAAAGAGUUAAGGGUCUUGGAUCUUAGCAACACUGGUAUUUCCGUAUUACCCCAAUCAUUUAGUCUCCUCACCAACCUCCAAGCUUUGUAUUUAGAUGAUUGCGACAAAUUGAUUGACAUUUCUGUUGUGGGGAAACUUCACAAGCUUGAAAUUCUUAGUAUGAGAGAACGUCCAGGGGGGGAAUUGUCGAGAGAAAUAGGACAUUUGACCAAUCUAAGGAUUUUGGACGUCAAUCGCUCUUUGACAUUAUUUGAUGGGAGAGGAAUAAAGGAACAAUCUAAGGUUACAAUUCCAUCUAAAGUGAUAUCAAAGUUGCAAGAAUUAGAAGAAUUGUACUGUGGAUUUGAGGAGGACGGGUCGUGUGUAGCUGAGGGACCAACAGAAAGAACCAAUAUUAUUAGGUUUGAUGAGUUAGCUGGUUUAUCAAAUUUGAAAAUAUUGCAGGUUGGCUUAUCCGAUGAAGGUUUCAGCCCUAAAAAUGUUGAGGUCGCACCAGAUUGGGAUUACUUUUGUAUAAGUGUCUUUGGCAGAUGCUGGUACUCUAUCCCUGCUUCAUACGUACAAGGAGAUCGUAAUUCAAGAUCCUUGUUUCUUCUUAAUGGAGCAACCAUCAGUACCUUGCCUGAUUGGUUUAUCAAAGCGGUGACAGAGAAAACAGAGAAGCUAGAGUAUUACCGCUGCGGAGGGAUGAGUGACAUUGUUAUGGAAUAUGACCAUGGGAGGUUACAUAAACUCAAGCAUCUCACAGUUACUGGGCAAGAAGACGAGUUGAAAGAGUUGAUGAACACAAAAAGACGAGUUGAAACAGGACCAGUGUUUGAGAAUUUGGAAGAGUUGCAUCUGAAAUUAGUGUUCGACCUAGAGGAGUUGUGUGUUGGUGAGUUACCACCUGGGUCUCUCUCAAAUCUCAAGGUGUUUCAUGUGUAUUAUGGUUGGAUUUUGAGGAGUGUAUCAAAAUUUGUACAAAGACUACCAAAUCUGGAGAAACUAGAUUUAAACUCUAUGCUCAAAUUGGAAUAUGUGUUCAGAUGCGAAGGGUUCGAGCCAGAACAAUCAAAACUGAGAGAGAUGCAUUUGUUGUGGCAAGAAGCACUAAGAAACAUAUGUAAUGGUCCCGCUCCACAUGCAAUGUUCCAGAGUCUUCAGAUUUUGACGAUUUACCGUUGCCAGCUGCUGCAAAGUCUGUUCGCAUCUGAUGUAGCUGAGUGUCUUGUUCAAUUGGAAGACCUUCUUGUAGAGGAUUGCCCUUUGUUGGAAAGAGUAAUGGAAGCAGUGAACAAGGAGAAGACGGUUCUACCAAAACUGAAGAACUUGGUUUUGAAGAAUCUUCCUUUGUUGUAUGGUGCAAUUGCUGCCGUUGAUAUUGAGUGUCCUUCAUUGGAACACUUGAUGGUGGUGGGUUGCCCCAAGCUUUUAUUUUCAACCUCUUCCGAUCUCUUCGAAGCCUUCAAAAGCAGGAACCAAUUUUCAUUUUCAGCCUCCACUUCUCACCCAGUCCAACUCCAUGAUCCACAACUAUACAAAACUCUACGUGACAGAACAUCUGGCUUCAUAUUGCGAAGAGUCUAGCUCAGCUUCUGACUUCCAUUGCAGGAAGUAACCAAGUUCAACUCUAUUUCUUUGUCCAGUAAAUUGAUUGUUCGACAAAUCCAGCACUCGGAUACUAGAUGAGAGAGAAAGUUCUGGAAGCUCCCCAGAAAGAAGGUUAGAGCUCAAAUCAAGAACCUCAAGAUGAGUCAAGGACAAGAAGGAAGCAACACUUUGAUGUGGGGAAUUUUGGGAGAGAUUCAAGUGGGUGAGAUGUGUGAGAUUUUCAAGUGCUAGUUUUGAUGAAGCAAAUGUAAUAGCUUGUUUGAGUGUGAGACCAUCGCAGGGCAAUGAGAUACGGGUGACCCAACCAGCCGCAUCGCAGUUGAUGUCUUGCCAGCGGCAACAGUCACCGGAAGUCCAGUUUAAGGAAGAGGGAGAAGAAAGAGCCAGAGCGAAGGACAAGAGAGAAGUAUGUUCAGUUGGGUUGCAUGCGUGGAUGAUACUAGCAGUACUACUCAGUAUGUGACAGGAUAUGAUAAGAAAAAGAAGGAAACAAUGAGGGAAUUGAUGAUCUAGACGUGGACAACAACAACGAGCAUGAAACCGCAGGGCUCCUUUCGUCAACUCCCUGG